AGGGUAUUACUGGAUGCUAAUAGACUGAGGAGGGCAAUCCCAGCGAGGUCUGUGUGCUCAGAUUCUUCUUGGCCUCUCUGGGUAACAUUCCUUCCUCCAGGGGUGGUGCAGGCCCCUCUGGAAACAGAAUCAUCGGAUCUGCUGUCAGACAAGGUACCAAGCUCAGGACUGGGGAACACGCAAUGAAUGGCUGUUGUUGGUUCAUCUCCUUCGAAUGCUGACCUUGAACUCUCUCUGGCUGAGCGCGUCUGUGGGCGACUGUGGCAUCUGUCCGCUGGAACCUGGCGACACGGAACCAGCAGUGCGCCACCCCCUCCUCUUUUGUCACCGCUUCGGACCCCCAGCGGGGACUCGUCUGGGGGCUCCCACUGACUCCCAGGAAGGACGCGAAGCCCUCUGGGACCCCAGCUCGGGCGGCCACCUGUCUUUGCCGCGGUGACCCUCCUCCCAUGACCCUGCGGUGCCUCGAGCCCUCCGGGAAUGGCGCGGAAGGGACGCGGAGCCAGUGGGGGACCACGGGGCCGCCGGAGGAGCCGUCCCCAGAGGCGGCGCGUCUGGCGAAGGCUCUGCGCGAGCUCAGCCAAACAGGAUGGUACUGGGGCAGUAUGACUGUUAAUGAAGCCAAAGAGAAAUUAAAAGAGGCACCCGAGGGAACUUUCUUGAUUCGAGACAGUUCGCACUCAGACUACCUACUAACCAUAUCUGUUAAAACGUCAGCUGGGCCCACCAACCUCCGGAUCGAAUACCAAGAUGGGAAGUUCAGGUUGGACUCCAUCAUAUGUGUCAAGUCCAAGCUUAAACAGUUUGACAGUGUGGUGCAUCUGAUCGACUACUAUGUUCAGAUGUGCAAGGAUAAGCGGACGGGCCCGGAAGCCCCCCGGAACGGCACGGUUCAUCUGUAUCUGACCAAACCGCUCUACACAUCGGCGCCACCCCUGCAACACCUCUGUCGACUGGCCAUUAACAAGUGCACCGGCACCAUCUGGGGACUGCCUUUACCCACCAGACUAAAAGAUUACUUGGAAGAAUAUAAAUUCCAGGUAUAAGUGUUUCUCUUUUUCUAAACAUGCCUCAUGUAGACUAUCUCCGAAUGCAGCUAUGUAAAAGAGAACCAAAACUUGAGUGAACUGCUCUGGAUAACCACGCGGGAUUCUUUGUAAGAACCGCUGAAGUCAAUCUAAUUAAAGGAAAAAAAAAAAGGCGUGAAGAGGUAGCUAGGUAUUUGCACUUUCCCCUCAGCUACGUUCACCUGAGUGAUACUAGCCUUCCUAAGGCUGACCAAGGCCAAUUGAUCCCUUUGAACUAAGGAUAAAAUGUCCCAAGCGAAGGCCAAAGGAGCACUGGGCCAGAGUGCCUGGCCUCUCUGAGGUCCCCUGGGGUUAGGUCCGGGGGCCGUGCUCCAUCAGCAGAGGAAGGAGCUACACGCAGGGUCCUGAAGAGGUGGGAGGAACCAAGCUGACGCAGGCUGUGAUGUUCUGUAGAAAAGGCCUGGUGGUCUGAGCUGGUUUCAGGACGUUUCUGUUUUGCUUUCUGAUGUACCUAAGAGUUUCGUUAAACAGAUCGUGCUUGUGAGUAUGUACCCCUCAUUUUAUGCAAUUACCUAUCAGCCAAAAAAAAAAAAAAAAAAAAGACCAUGAAAUCCUGUAUUUGUCUUUUUACUACACGUACGAACUCUCUCCUUUGAAGGAGUACUGUAGUAAUCCGUUAAGGGAGCCUUAUUUAAGAACUAUUUCAAACUGGUGCAAAUGGAAAAGACUUUUCUCUUUUCCUUUAAGGCUAAAGACAAGAAUGUCAUGCUUAAACAGGUGCAACUCAAUCCUUGUUCAUGAAAACCGACGUAGACAGUGUAUCCCUUGAGGUAGCUGUGUCCCAAGCCGUUGCCAUUGAGUUUUUUUGGAAAUGGCUUUAGAAAUUCCCAAGCUGUCCUGAAUUGUCUAACCAUGGACAUCAGCAGUUGUCUCCCUUCUACCAUGUAGAAUAAAUACUCGGACUUAAUUUUCUUCCAGAGAUAGGGGGAUACCUGCCUGUUUUUCAAAGUGUUUAUUUACUGCUGUUACUCUUUGAUUAGAAUGUAUUGAAUAAAAAAACAAAAAACCCAAGCCUGACUUUUACAA